AUGGCAUAUAUCGUCUCAUUGUGCACCCUCAUAAAACUGUUGGAAACCUUUCCAGUGACUUUGGACUUCAAUUUGCAUCCAAACGAGACAAGUUUUAGGACUAGAUUAUCAAUCUCUUCCUCCUUUUUCUCAUACACGACGAAUGAAAUAAAGGCUAGUGAGUCGUUUCCCUUACAGAGUGAUUUAAGAUCACUAACAGCAGAAUUCCAACUGGAUGCUGCUGAAAGAGCAGCCUUCCGAGAUGCAGCUUCUGAGACAUUGAACUUUGACUCGGGAAUUUUUUCAAUUUUAUAUCCAAAUCUGCACCAAGAUAUAAUCAGA